AUGGUGAACACACUUUGGCAUCUCGAACUCUUUUUCAUUCUCGACCUGUUAAUUUCUAUACCGCCGAUCGAUUCGGAAUCACUAUUAUCCUCCCCUUGUUUUCUCUCUCUUCACCCAAGUAGAACGAGUGAGAUCUCAUUCAAGCUCGCACAACUCACGCAAGUGCAUCACAUACGAGAAACAGGACCAUAUCGCAGUGAAUCGAAGAGUGUAAAUUCGAUGGCGUGUCUACGGAAGAAGCGAGAGUGCACGGACCAUGGUUCUUUUAAGUCACGUAGGGUAUCAUUGAAUGCAGGCAUUCAGUCAGCAACAGGAAUCUUGCCCUUCCAAUGGUCGUUCACAGUUAAUCUCCAGUAA